GGGAACUUCCGCCGUUUUGACAAAGACAGAAGAUUUUCCUUUCCAUUCCUUUUUUUCGUAGUAAUGGCACCCAAAAAGCCUGCCGAGAAAUCCGCUAAACCAGGCGAUAAGAAGCCUGAGAAGAAGGCUUCGGCCACUUCAGCCGCCUCUGGUACCAGCGCUAAACCUGCUGCAGCUAAGAAGGCCGCCCCCGCCAAGAAACCCGCUACCGCAGCUGGUGGUGUUAAGAAGCCAGUCGCUAAGAAGCCUGCCGCUGCCAAAAAGGUUGCCACCAAGACUAAGCCAAAGGCUAAGGAUGCCAAGAAGGCUGCCGCUGGCAAAAAGCCACAAUCUUUGUUGGCUAAAUUGUCCGCAAAGGCCCGUGCCGCCGCUAAAGGCAAGAAAGUCGCUCUUAAACCAGGCGCAAAAUUGCAAAAGGGUACCGCUAAGGCUAAGGCUGUUGCUUUAUUGAAGGCAAAGAAAGUGCAAACUAAGAUUGUCAAGGGUGCUUUUGGUACACGCACGCGCAAGGUACGCACCAGCGUACACUUCCGUCGUCCAAAGACUUUGGUGUUGCCCCGCCGUCCUAAAUACCCAAGGAAGUCGGUGCCAACCAGAAAUCGCAUGGAUGCUUACAAUAUCAUCAAAUACCCAUUGACCACUGAAGCCGCCAUGAAGAAGAUUGAAGACAACAACACAUUGGUGUUCUUGACUCACUUGCGUGCGAAUAAGAAUCACGUACGUGCCGCUGUACGUAAAUUAUAUGACAUUAAGGUAGCUAAGGUCAAUAUCUUGGUGAGACCAGAUGGUCAGAAGAAGGCUUACGUGCGAUUGGCCCGCGAUUAUGAUGCGCUAGAUAUUGCCAACAAGAUCGGCAUCAUAUAAACGUUGCGUUAUUCGUUUCUUUUAUAUAUAGAAAUUUUCAGAGAAAACAGACAUUAAAAAAACGGAUAAAACCUAUUUUUAUCUAAAAUAAAAAACAAAAAAAAUA